UUUCGUCACAAGAAAUUUGGGCGCAUUUAAGGUUUGUUUGCAUUUGUUUUGCCAUUAGUUUUGAUCCGAUUUGUGCUUCAAAUCAAUUCAAACCAUUGAUCGCCGAAGAGAUGGCUCGCAAUCCGAAAAAAGAGGACGCGAUUGUAUUGGCUGUCGAUUGCGCCAAAACAAUGUGCGCGAAGAGUCUUCGUAUGGGAUCCGAUGAAACGGUGUACGAGUUGUCACAACUCUGUCUCCAGAAUAUCAUCCGACAGAAGAUAUUCGCCGAAACGAAGAACGAGUAUUUGGUGAUGGAGUUCGGGGUUGACAGAGACCGGGCGCUGAACGGAAUCGAUGUGAUCCAUCAACUCGAUGGUGAUCUUUGUUUGCCAUCAUUUAAUUUGUUAAGACAAUUGAAGGAAGAUUCGGAUCGUGAGCCCACAUCUGAUCCAUCAAAUGUGAUUGAAGUGAUAGACGAAGCCAUCACACGAUUGGUCCAAGAAAUGGAGUACAAAGUUGACGAAGACUUUGAUAACUUUGGCAAACAUAUUAUCCAGAAGUUGCGUGAAUUUGAUAUCGAGUUAACGUUAAUAUGUGAUUUCACGCCAAACAGUGAUUUGGAUCGAUUGACCACUUGUCAGAUGAAAGCCAUAGAGUUUAUGGAAGUAAUAGAGAAAGAGUCUGUGGGACACUAUUACGACCUCCAGUUUGCUGUUAAAACUUUUGGUGAAUUUGAACUCAAAGAGAUUAAAUCCAGUCAAACGUAUACGACAUUAGAGUUGGGAAAGGGUCACAACGCUAUCACUAUAUCCAUUGCUUCAAUGAUAAAGAUAUAUCCAUAUAAGAAGCCGACCGCAGAAGAUGUAUACAUUCGAUCCAACGAUACUGCCAUCACAGCCGGUGGUAACGGAUCCCAAGUGGAUGUCAAGCCAUCUGUUGUCGGGACUACCGGAACAGUGGUUCCCUUUACUGAAGUGAAGGUUGAAAAAGAUGUUACGUUUGUGGCUAAAGACGAUGAGUUGAUGAAAGCCGUUGACAAAGAAGACUUGCGGUGGGCGUACGCUUUCGGCCAGAAUCAAGUGAUCAUCAGUGAUGAGGAUAAACAUAUGUUUCAAUAUAAUAACAAUGAGAAAGGUUUUAAAGGAUUUAAAAUACUUGGUUUCACUUCUAUGGAGAACAUAGAUAUCGCGCAACGCAUUGGAAAGCAGACCAAUUAUUUAUAUCCUCACCCGAAGCCCAAACAAGAUGGUCACCGAUUGGUGUUUCAGGCAUUAGCGGCCGCUUUGAGUGAUAAGAAAGAGGUGGCUAUUGUUCGCUAUAAUUAUAGGGAUAAUACAAAUCCACAAAUCGGUUAUUUAGAACCCGUCACAGAAGAGGAUAAUAUUUUUCUCGCUUACCAUCAGUUGCCGUUCAAUGAAGACAUCCGUCGCUAUCGGUUCCCUUCUCUGCAAAGUAAACCCAAUAAUAGUCCCACAGAAUCCCAAUUACAAGCCAUGGAUAGUCUAAUUGAUUCGAUGGAUUUGAUGGACGCAGAUGUCGAUGACGAGGGAAACUCGUGCGAAGCUUUGCUGUCACACGAAAUCUCUGAUCCGUCUCUUCAGCAUUGGUUCCAACAGCUAUAUCAUCGACAGUGUUAUGGAAUGGAUUCCCGUUUUCCUCAAGAAAUGGCCGAUUAUCUCAAGCGAACGAUUGACUCACCGCUUGUAGUCCGAGAGAAAUCUAUGGAUGCGUUGGAAUUAUUGGCACAACUUUUUUCGCUCGCGUCGACCAAAUCGAUGAAAAGGAAGAUGGCUUUGAAAUCGAGUCAAACGACGGUAAGUGUUGAAAAAUUGGAGCCAAAAAGAGCUAAAAUUGAAGACAUGAAUGAAAUGGAAAAGAUUUUAUACGAUAUAAAUGCAAUGAUUAGAAAGAAGAUACCAUUCAAUGAAUUAAGUAAGAAAUUUGAUAACUCUUUGCGAGAGAUAUUCGCAGAUUGCAAGAAACUCGAAGUCUAUGGCGAAGAGAUCAUUAAUUUGAUUGAAUUGUAUCGCAAUGAGUCGGUUGAUAAGAAAGAGUCGAUUGCUUUCAAUGAGUUUAUGUUAAAUAAGAUGACAGAGUUUAGCGGACAAGAUAUUUGGUAUCUAUUGCUCGCCAAAGAGAUAACACUCAUCACCAAAACUGAAUCCCCGGACAGUCAGUGCUCUCAGGAAAUGGCCGAUAAUUAUACAUCAAUUAGUUCUGACAAAUCAUAA